AUGGCGGCGAACCACUCGACCGCUGCAGGCGCCACGCUUCAAGACCUGCCCAAAUCAUGGCGCUUUACCGAAUCCCUACCGCCCGAUCCUGUCUACCCAACACCCGCUGACUCGCAUAAAACACCCCGAGAUCAGAUCCUGCCGAGACAAGUUCGCAACGCCCUCUUCACCUGGGUCCGACCCGAACGGCAGAGAGAUCCCGAACUGUUGGCCGUCAGCCCCGCGGCCCUCCGCGACCUUGGCAUCAAGGCCGGAGAGGAAAAGACGGAAGACUUUCGACAGUUUGUCGUCGGCAACAAGUUGUACGGAUGGGACGAGGAGAAGCUAGAGGGCGGGUACCCGUGGGCUCAGUGCUACGGAGGCUUCCAGUUUGGCCAGUGGGCCGGCCAGCUGGGCGACGGGCGAGCCAUCUCCCUGUUCGAGUCGCGGAACCCGGAGACCGGGAAGCAGUACGAGCUGCAGUUGAAGGGGGCCGGCUUGACGCCGUAUUCCCGCUUCGCGGACGGCAAGGCCGUCCUGCGGUCCAGCAUCCGCGAGUUCGUCGUGUCCGAGGCGCUCAACGCUCUCAAAGUACCCUCUACCCGGGCGCUCUCUCUCACUCUCCUCCCGCACUCCAAGGUUCUGCGUGAGACCAUGGAGCCCGGCGCCAUUGUCUUGCGCUUCGCGGAGUCUUGGCUGCGCCUGGGCAACUUUGAUAUCCUGCGCGCGCGGGGCGACCGGGAUUUGAUACGCAAGUUGGCAACGUACAUUGCCGAGAAUGUCUUUGGCGGUUGGGAAACUCUGCCCGCCCGGCUGGAGGAUCCUGAAAAGCCCCGAGAAUCGCCGGCCCCGAGUCGCGGAGUCCCAGGGGAGGCCCUCCAGGGGCCUUCUGAGACGGCGGAGAAUAGGUUCACGAGAUUGUACCGUGAGAUUGCCCGCCGCAAUGCCAAGACGGUGGCUGCCUGGCAGGCGUAUGGCUUCAUGAAUGGUGUUUUGAAUACUGAUAAUACGUCCGUGUAUGGGCUCUCAAUAGACUUUGGCCCGUUCGCCUUCAUGGAUAAUUUUGACCCGUCGUACACGCCAAAUCAUGAUGAUCACAUGUUGCGAUACAGCUAUAGAAAUCAACCGACCAUUAUUUGGUGGAACCUUGUACGACUUGGAGAAGCUGUGGGAGAAUUGAUGGGCGCGGCCGGUCUUGCUGAUGAUGCCACCUUCAUAUCGGAGGGUGUCAAGGAAGACCAGCAGGAGGAGGUCAUAUCACGGGCGGAGAAGCUCAUCAUGCAAACAGGCGAUGAGUUCAAGGAGGUCUUCUUGGCGGAGUACAAGAGAUUGAUGACGCUGAGACUGGGCCUGCGGGAACUCAAACCCAACGAUUUUGAUGAGCUAUUCAGUCCCGCUCUCGACACAUUGGAAGCAUUAGAACUUGACUUCAAUCACUUCUUCCGUCGACUUAGCAACAUCAAAUUAGAAGAGGUCUCCUCGCCCCAAGGGAGAAGGGCAAAAGCUGCUGUAUUUUUCCAUGCCGAGGGCCCGCCAAGUACCGUGGGUGAGAAUGAGGCACGGGACCGCAUCGCGAAUUGGUUAGAGCAGUGGCAUGCUCGCUUGGUGGAGGAUUGGAAAGAUGGUCGACAAGUUCCCGACGAAAAAGAUCAGCAGAGAAUUGAAGCCAUGAAGCAGGUGAACCCAAACUUCGUCCCAAGGAGCUGGGUCCUAGAUGAGGUUAUUCGACGGGUUGAAAAAGAUGGAGAGCGAGACGUUUUGAAUCACAUCGUGCACAUGGCUCUGAACCCGUUUGAAGAUGAGUGGCAUGGCAAGACAUUUAAUGGCGUCGCCUACAAAGGCGAUGCAGACGAGGAACAAAGAUGGGUUGGGGACGUUCCUCGACCGGGACGACUCAUGCAGUGCAGCUGUAGCUCAUAA